UCGUUUCCUAUCCACAGGUCUCCUUUCCUCCUCCACCUUUUUCAUUUCUUUCGAUAUUGUUAAAAAUGAUUUCCGGCUCAUUUGUUUUGUAAUUUUUUCACUGAUGCAGGGUUUAGAAGGGGUUGAGGCAGCUGUAAACAAUGGCACCCAAAGUUGAGAAGAAGGGAGAUCCAAAGGCACAGGCCUUGAAAGCUGCCAAAGCAGUGAAAUCUGGACCCACUUUUAAGAAGAAGGUCAAGAAGAUCCGAACAAAGGUUACUUUUCACAGGCCAAAGACCUUGAAGAAAGAUAGGAACCCCAAGUAUCCACGCAUCAGUGCCCCACCAAGGAACAAGCUUGAUCAUUAUCAGAUUCUCAAGUUUCCCCUCACAACUGAGUCUGCAAUGAAGAAGAUUGAGGACAACAAUACUUUGGUGUUCAUUGUUGACAUCCGCGCAGACAAGAAGAAGAUAAAGGAUGCUGUGAAGAAGAUGUACGAUAUUCAGGCCAAGAAAGUCAACACCUUGAUCAGGCCUGAUGGCACAAAGAAGGCAUACGUUAGGUUGACUCCCGAUUAUGACGCCUUGGAUGUGGCCAACAAAAUUGGAAUCAUCUAAGCAAUUGGUGACUAUAGCUUGUUUUGAAGGGUUUAUUUUUUUCCCAUUUUGUUGCAAAGAGAGAGACAGAUACUUUUGAGAGACUA